AUGAAGAAGUGCUCCAUUAUUCCUUUCCUUUUAACUGCCGUUGCUGCCGGCCCAAUUGUCACUCCAGCAUGGCAAAAUCACAUGGAUUUGUUUACUACACCAUCAGCUUGUAACCUGUCCCAAGAACUUAUGUCUUGCUCUUUUGGUAACUCUUCAAAUGUUGACACUUGUUGCGUUGAAAAUCCAGGUGGUGUGGUGCUUUUCACCCAACUUUGGAACAGUGAUGUUGUGAACAGUCCUACACAUCAAUGGACAAUGCACGGUAGUUGGCCAGAUAAUUGUGAUGGUACAUACGGCUCUUUCUGUAACUUUGAAAACACUGAAGUUGACUCUGUUGAAGAGGUUCUUAAGAGCAAAGGUGAAUAUGAAUUGAUCAGUUACAUGAAUAACUUCUGGUUGAAUGAUAAUGGUACCAAUGACGCGUUCUGGUCUCACGAAUUCAACAAACAUGCUACUUGUAUGUCCACUAUCAGACCAAGUUGUUACGAUAAUUAUACUGAAGGUCAAAAUGUUGUUGACUUCGUUAAGAUGAGUAUCAGACAAUAUCAUGAAUUACCAACUUUCACCUGGUUGGCUGACGCCGGGAUUGUUCCUUCCUACAGCCAAACUUACAAGGCAGAAGACAUUCAAGCUGCUUUGGAUAAAGCCUUUGGGUACAAGGUAUUUGUUGGCUGCACCAAUGGUACCAUUUUAGAUGAAGUUUGGUACUACCAUCAAGCCCAAGGUUCAUUGUUGCGUCAAAAUUUUGUCAAAAUUGAUACAACUUAUGCCAGUACCUGUAAAGGUGAUGUUCAAUAUUUACCAAAACAAGGUAAAUCUUUUGUUCUUUGGUAG